AAGAGGAAAGGGUUCUCUUCAUGGUUUUAUGAACAAGCGAAGUUCUGUAUUUUUUUUUUUCGUUGACGGGAAGUGAUGGCAAUGUGACCAUCGGGGAGGACCCACAUUGUCACAAGUACGAUAAAACAACAUUGAGUGAUUUCAGGCCAUUUGCAGUUCCCAUAACGGAUUGUGCCCUGAUCAUGGAACAUGCCACACAUGAGGACCAAGUUGAGUGUAACCACCCCAAAUUCCUUGGUAAGGCCGGUUGGAUUAAAAAGGCCCCUUGCAGGCUGCUGGCAAGCUAUAAAGACAGAUACAUCCAUGUGGGCAAGACUGCUAUUGCGGUAUAUGAAAAUGAGGACCUCAAGAACUGCAUUGGAAGUCUUGACCUACAAAACUAUGAUAAAUGUCAUGAAUUAAAAAGUCCAUUCAUGAGGAAACACAGACUGAUCCUUAUUCGAUCGCCCGAGUCUGGAAAUAAGAUCCACAAUAUUAAAUUCCAAGUACAGACUGCAGAGGAAAAGGAGGCUUGGAUUCAAGCCCUGAGUGACGGGAUCAACCGAGCAAAGAACAAAGUGCUGGAUGAGGUUAAGAUGGAUGAAAGCAGUCAUUUACAACAUUUAACUCGAGCAAGACCCAAAGGGAACCGUAACCGACGCCCACCAACCAGGAUUCAUAUGAAAGAGGUAGCAGAGUUGUCAUCUGAAGGCAUGCUGUGUUUGGAUAUUGAUCUUUUGGAUGCUGCGGUAGCGAAUACGACUUAUGAUGCCACUGACAUCGCUCUAGAAAGUAACAGUUCAACUGUGCUUCAGUGCAAAUCUGCUGAGGAUGCGAAUAAUUCACAUGCAAAGACCCAGACUGAGUUAAAGGUCCCGAAGCUACCCACGGAAAGACAAGAAAAGGCUGCUUGGAAAAAUAUAAGUCCACCACCCUCUCCCAAUCCCUCAAACAGCUCUUCAUGUGAACGAGCAGGAAAUUCUCCGUUAAAACACCACAGCCAUCCACCAACCCCACCGACCAAAGACAAGAAACCUUCCUUUGUUCCUUCUGAACCAAACCGAGAGACCAAAUGUACACCAGACAGCAACGAGGACAAGCAACAGGAUCAUGAAAAUGAUAAAACAAGAAUACCUCUGAAAAAAUAUGAAACUCUUUCCCGUGUUGGUGAUGAUCCAACUUCAUGCACCGAAGGAUUCGUUUCAGAAGAUGACAAAGCAAAAAUUGAUCCACAAACACCUGGUUCAGAUAUAAUAAUACUUGCAGAAAGAAAUCCCUUUAUUCCUCCACUAACCCCCAAGAAACAACAUUCUUUAUCUAAAUUUAACACCCAACCUGUAGAAGAUCAAGAGGGAGAAGACCAUGCUUCAAGGCUUGAAAGAUCAGUUCCUUUCGGUUCUCUCUCUGAUGUUUUGCUGAAUGACCCCACUGUUGACAGACAAAUGUGUUUGCCAGAAGAAAACUCAACAAAUCGCGAUUGUGUUGAUUGCUGUCACAAUUUAGAUGCCAAGACUGAAGCGCCUGAACACAAAAACACAUAUACAAUGUCGAAAACUGCAGUAUGCAGGAGUGCGACCUGUACAGAUAGGCUGAACAUUAGUUCCGAUGCUAAUUUAAUGAAGACAAUAGUCACAACGCCAACUAAAGUUGAAUCAAAGCUCUCAAUGUGCCGACACUCUGAGACCUUGCCUCUGUCAACCAAAAUUAGAUCUGCCUCCUUUGGAGAUUUGCUGUCUGACACCUCACAUAUUUCACUGCAGUGCCAUUCGGAGGCUUUCAUGGGAAAUCAGGGUGACUUGCUCGCACUUAAAAAUGAGUUGACUCUGGAAAUGGACGAGACACACAAGCUAAUGAGCAGUGUUAGGGAAGAAAAUGAAGCAUGCAUGCCAGCAGAUCUGCUGUCAAAGGCAAUGGAGAAAUUAAAGAGGGCAGAUGAUGUCCUCAAAGAGUUAGAGGAAUUGAAACAUACAAAAAGUCUGAGAAAACGAAAUAGCUGCUGAUUGUCAGCCUUACAGUUCACAGUUGUAAACCCACAUUGCAAUGUAUCCAAACGGUGAAUUCCACCACACAAACUAUCGAAUCUCAUCAGGAGAUACAGCAUACUGUAAUGGUAUGACCGAAUGUAAUUCAAGUCACACAACACAGGCAGAAAUGAAUUCAUCCCAAGAGCAAGAUGCAGAGAAGCAAGCCCAGCAGAACUGGACAGAAUGUGCUGUCAAGUUAUCUCAAAAAAGGAAGCCUACGCCACAUUUUUUAAAAUAAAAAUAUAUAAAGAAAAUAUUUUCUCCUCCAUUGCAUAUUCCCCAAAAUGGUACAUUUCAGAAAUUCCAGAGGUGUGAAAUUCGAAUUAAUGGUGCAAUGGAGAUUUUGACAUUUUAUUUGGACUGUAUGACUGAUUUCGAUCAUGUUCCAUGCCCCUUAUACC